UUUGUCCACAUCUCGGCGGUGCAGUACGCAAAGUGACCUCGGUAACUCAACUGCAGACAUAAGGUUUGGACAACUUGAUCCUUAUUCAGAAAUGAAGAUAUUAGAAAUUUGCAGGUAGACCGUAAGAAUUAUUUGCUGCUCCUCUGCGGCAGUCAAGAUCAUCAAGAAGCACCAACAGUCGUUCCUCUUCACGCCUUUCAACAAGUAUUUCAGUAUGUAUCGGAUUGUCCCAGGAGAUCCUGGAGAGCAGAUGGUGACUGAUGGAACACGCGGUUCCCCACACAAAAAGAAACUUGGACCUGAGGGACGGCGGAUGGUGAUUGCCGGUUUGCUAGGCUGUGUGUUGGUUCUGGCUGCUGUGAUCGCUUGGUGCCACUAUUCGGUGUCUGUUCUUAAAGCUCAGUUACUGAAGACUGAGUCGCUGGACCUGAAAAAAGAUGGCUACAUCAUACGGAACCGUCAUGGGGCUAUCAUCUUCACCAUGACUUUCAGGUCUGGCACUCUGGAUCUGGACUCCUGCACAAAGGAGGGGAAUAUUCUGAGCUGUACUCGGUCAAACUCCGGCAAGCUGAACUUUUUCAUCGAGACAGUCCGAGACAAGGACACAGUGAUGUGUUAUCGCAUUCGCUGGGAGGAGCUACAGAGUGUGCACUCAGUGGAACAUGCCAUGGCCUACAACGACUCUCACUGGUACGGAGGAGCAGAGACAGCAGAGCAGUACUGGCCUUUGAGAAUCAUAGGGGAAGAGGAACCACGGCCUUUCAUCACCAGUGACGUUUACUCCAAUCGAAAUGCAUUUGGGGGAAUCCUUGAACGUUACUGGCUGUCUUCCAAUGCAACUGCAAUAAAGAUUAAUGACUCAGUCCCGUUUCAUUUGGGCUGGUCGCAGAAGAACAGGACUCUAAGAUUUGAGGCCCGAUAUCAUGGUUCCCCAUUUAAACCACCCGCAGGACAGCAGGACUUCCCUGAGCUCAGCUACAGAGUCUGUGUGGGACUGGAUGUUACCUCCAUUCACAAGUAUAUGGUGCGCCGAUACUUCCCAAAGCCUUUCAAAGUCCCGUCUUCUGAAGUGUUCAAAAAGCCGGUGUGGUCCACAUGGGCCCUCCAUAAGACAGCUAUAACUCAGGAGAAGUUGCUGAGCUACGCAUCAGAAAUCACCAAGCAUGGCUUUGCCUGCGCCCACCUGGAGCUGGAUGACCGCUACACCACUGACUAUGGAGAGUUUGACUUUGACCCCCAGAAGUUCCCCAAUGCUAGCGGUAUGUUUGAAAAACUCAGAAAGGACGGCUUUCAAGUCACGCUGUGGACACAUCCUUUUAUCAACUAUGACUCCAUUAACUUUGGAGUUGCUAUGGAGAAAGGCCUUUUUGUCCGAGAGCCAAGUGGAGAGCUACCUGCCCUCGUCCGCUGGUGGAAUGGUAUUGGUGGCAUCUUGGAUUUUACGAACCCAGAAGCCUGUGGGUGGUUCUUGUCACAACUAAAUAUGCUCAAAAGUCGUUAUAAUGUGACAUCGUUUAAGUUUGAUGCAGGAGAAACAAGCUACCUCCCUCGCCAGUUUAGCACGCUGGUUCCUCUGUCUGACCCCUCCACCUUCACCCGGCGCUACACGGAGAUGGUCAUACCUUUCAGCUCACGUGCCGAGCUCCGUGUUGGCUACCAGAGUCAGAACAUCUCCUGUUUCUUUAGGAUCAUUGACAGGGAUUCAGUUUGGGGUUAUAACCUUGGUCUCAAGUCCAUCAUCCCAACUGUUCUGACUAUCAGUAUUCUGGGCUACCAGUUUGUCUUGCCAGAUAUGAUUGGAGGGAAUGCGUACCCCAACAGCACUGCAGGCAAGAUAAAUGAAACCAAUGAGCUGCCAGACAGAGAGCUGUACAUCAGAUGGUUGGAGCUGUCUGCUUUUAUGCCUGCCAUGCAGUUCUCUAUUCCACCAUGGGCUUAUGAUGACGAGGUGGUUCAGAUUGCCCGGAAGUUUUCAGAGAUCCAUGAAAGUGAGGUGGCUCCAAGGGUUCUUGAGCUGGCAGGGGAGGUUGUUAAGACUGGAGAUCCCAUCAUAAGGCCCCUGUGGUGGAUCGCCAAAGACGACGAGGCAGCCUUUAAGAUUGAUUCCCAGUUUCUGAUUGGGGAUGAUCUUUUGGUGGCUCCGGUAUUGGAGCCUGGAAAGCAAGAGAGGGACAUCUACCUGCCACCAGGCCCUUGGAAAAGCAAAAGAGGGAAGUAUGAAGGUCCCACGUAUCUCACAGACUACCCUGUCGACCUGGAUGAGAUGGCUUACUUUUAUUGGGAUAAGACAUAAAUUAGAUUAAUUAAAAGCAAGUUGCACUGACAGACACACUGUAUGUAUGCUUAUCUUCAUUAAACAAGACAAGCUAAUGGUUGCUAUCUUAUGGAAAAAGUUCUGAUUUCGGUGAAUGUUGAGUCUGUGCCUCCUAUGACGUUAUUCAUCUAAAUUUUUACUUAAAUAAGUUUAUUUUUUGUAGAGAUGCACCAGUCAGGCUUUUAAUGAGUAAUACAAGUAUCCGGAUUUCUUAAGGACAGAUUUGCUUAUUUUAAAAGGAAAUCCCCCCAAAACUGUGGUUUGAUUAACUAAGGUGUAGAACUCUUGGGCUUAAUCUUA